GCGGGAGACAGGAGGUGGAGGCUGAACAACACGGAGAGAGGAGGGAGGAGGACAGAUAGCUAGAGAGCUGUGAGCCUGUUUACCCGCAACUCCCCGAUUUUAUUUUAGGACAUUUGCGGCACAUAUGACCCACAACUUAACCAUUUUACUUCUCUUAAUAUGUGACUUCUUUAGCAUUUCGUCGUAUGAUUCAAAAGAUGACAGAAAUGCGUGCCCGCGGUUAGCUCGGGUACCGUGAAGACAAAAGGGCAUCUCCAUAAUCUCCGGAUGACACUUUCUGUGUUUGUGAACCAGCACUAGUCAGAACCGACCAACCGGUCCUGGUUACCGUGAAAUCAGCGGGACAGCAACCGAGCAGCCUGAAAACAUGAAGUUCACAGAGCAUCUCUCGGCUCACAUCACCCCGGAGUGGAGGAAACAGUACAUCCAGUAUGAGGCUUUCAAAGAGAUGCUGUACGCUGCUCAGGACCAGGCCCCAUCCAUUGAAGUCACAGAUGAGGAUACAGUUAAGAGGUACUAUGCCAAGUUUGAGGAGAAAUUCUUCCAGGCAUGUGAAAAAGAACUUGCCAAGAUCAACACCUUCUACUCAGAAAAGCUCGCUGAGGCUCAGCGCCGAUUCGCCACACUGCAGAACGAGCUGCAGUCAUCGCUUGACGCCCAAAGGGAGACCUGGGCUAACGAGCGGGGCCUUAGGAAGAGGAAGACGGUGUUUGCCCUGUCACAGCAGGAGCGAUGCAAACACAGAAACAUAAAGGACCUCCAGCUGGCCUUCUCUGAGUUCUACCUCAGCCUUAUUCUGCUGCAGAACUAUCAGAAUCUGAACUUCACAGGCUUCAGGAAGAUCUUGAAGAAGCAUGAUAAGAUUUUGGAGACGUCGAGGGGGGCUGACUGGAGGGUUGCUCAUGUUGAAGUUGCCCCAUUUUACACGUGCAAGAAGAUCACACAGCUCAUCUCUGAGACGGAGGCACUGGUCACAACAGAGUUGGAAGGUGGAGACCGGCAGAGGGCCAUGAAGAGGCUGAGGGUACCUCCCCUGGGAGCGGCACAGCCUGCGCCUGCCUGGACCACCUUUAGAGUCGGGCUUUACUGCGGAGUGUUUCUCGUCCUUGUAGUCACUGUGGUUAUUACAGGAGCUGUGGUAAUCAAGCAGGAUAAUGUGUGGCCCAUGGUCAGGAUCUACAGAGGAGGCUUCCUUUUAAUAGAGUUUCUCUUCCUUUUAGGCAUCAACACUUAUGGCUGGAGACAGGCUGGAGUUAACCACGUUCUCAUAUUUGAGCUCAACCCGAGAAACAACCUGUCCCACCAGCAUCUGUUUGAGAUUGCAGGUUUGUUGGGAGUGCUUUGGUGCGUCAGCCUGCUGUGCUGUCUGUUCAGUCACAACAUCCUGGUACCGAUGCAGGCCAACCCGCUGGCUCUCUACGGCCUCUUCUUCCUCUUCUUCAUCAACCCCUUCAAGACCUGCUACUACAAGUCGCGCUUCUGGCUGCUCAAACUCCUGUUUCGAGUGGUCACGGCUCCGUUUCAUCGGGUUGGCUUUGCAGACUUCUGGCUCGCUGACCAGCUCAACUCUCUGGUGGUGGUUCUGAUGGAUCUGGAGUACAUGAUCUGUUUCUACAGUUUUGAACUGGACUGGAAAAAACAUGACGGCCUCAUUAACAGUGCAGCAGGUAAAGAUGUGUGUAAUUCAUACUCCUAUGGCGUCCGUGCGGUGAUCCAGUGUCUUCCUGCUUGGUUCCGAUUCGUCCAGUGUCUGCGGCGUUACCGUGAUACCAAGCGGGCCUUCCCUCACUUGGUUAACGCUGGGAAAUACUCCACUUCCUUCUUCGCUGUCACUUUCGCUGCCCUGUACAGCACACACAAAGCUGAAAACCAUGCGGACACCCAGAUCUUCUUAUACCUGUAUGUCAGCUGUUUAUUGGUCAGCUCGUGUUACACACUGGUCUGGGAUUUAAAGAUGGACUGGGGCCUUUUUGACCGCAACGCAGGAGAGAACACCUUCUUGAGGGAGGAGAUAGUGUACCCACAUAAGGCCUACUACUACAGUGCCAUAGUAGAGGAUGUGCUCUUACGUUUCUCAUGGACUCUGACCGUCUCCCUCAGCACAGUCUCUGGUCUGCACGGCAUCUCUGAUAUACUGGCGACUGUCCUGGCCCCAAUGGAGGUCUUUCGACGUUUUGUGUGGAACUUCUUUCGAUUGGAGAAUGAACACUUGAAUAACUGUGGUGAGUUCAGGGCCGUCCGAGACAUCAGCGUGGCUCCACUCAACGCUGAUGACCAGACCCUGCUGGAACAGAUGAUGGACCAGGAGGACGGAGUCCGGAACCGCCAGGGCAAGAAGAGCUGGAAGCGGAGCUACAGCAUGAGCCUACGCAGGCCGAGACUGGCCUCACAGUCCAAGACCCGUGACACCAAGGUGUUGAUAGAGGACACGGACGAUGACUCCUGACAUCAGGCCACGCCCAUCGCCUGGGUCCAGAAUUUGUUCAAAGGAGGAAACUCUACCUCCUAACUGAGAAAUGACCCUGCACGUUGGGCGUUGAACUUCAAAUCAAAGACGAGUUUUGAGCUCUCAUGCCUAAUGUAAUCACUCUUCCAAUGCUUGAGCCUCCCAUUGGGUUCAGAACUUUUACAAAUGAAGAGCGAUGAUCUUUUGAACAAAUAACACAGCAAACAUUACCACCAAACUCCUGCUCCUACCUUCAGUUCUAUUUAUGGCUGGGCUCAUCACUUGAACUCUACGUUACACAAAGUGUGGACUCCUCCUACAGCCACUCCUCAGACAUGUUCAUGGCUCUCCUCAAAGCCUCUGCCUAGCAUGAAACUCCCAGCUCCAAUGGAACGCAUGCAGAUGAGUCUGACAGGAAGCUGCUCCCUCUCUGUGCCCUACAUCCACAGCACAGGAAGUGACCAAGUUUAAACUACUGACAUUGAGGACCAAAAACUUUGAUUCCUUGUCUAUAACUCUACGCCUCCACUCCCUGCUACCCCGGUAACGUUUGAGAAACAUCUUGAAUAAACUCAAGUUCUCAGAAUGAACCUCAUGUCCCCUUUCCUCCAGUUAGAAAAUCAAAGUGUUUAGAAGUGUCGUCCUCAUGUGGCAGACAAUAUGCUGCAAACACACGGUAGCAGCAAUCAGUCGCCUGACUCCUCUGCUCUUAAGCUCUCCCCUUCAAAUCAUCACAAAGCUGCCUACCUGCACCUCACACGCUUUACAAACACGCACUUUGUAAUAGAUUCAGUCGGAGGGAAAUGCCUAUUGUGUGUUGAAAUGCACACGGACAGUGAUUUUAUCUUUUGUUCCUGGAUGUCCACUUUUCAAGAGCCUGGAGAGAAGACGCACAUCCUGAGUACGUAUGCUAGCCAUUCUUUGUUACAGCAGAUGUAAAUAUGAGACGGACCAAAGUGAAAAUAUUCCUAAAGUAUCAAAUAGACAAUAAAAAGAAGUUCAACGUGAACAGCAGCUGGAAUGAUGAGAAGGAUCUGAAGAGGAGGAAAAUAUUGACUUUGUUCCACAACUAGAUGAAGAUUAUCUUAACUCAAUCACUCCAUGUGGUAAAAAACGAUCCUCCAUGUGGACGUGUUCUGCUGAAUGUAUGACACUUUAUUUAUGUGUGUAUGUAAGAAAAGGCCUAAUGAGCACCUUUCAACCCGUUUAACAGGAUCACACUUUUUGGUAACUUCAAGAGUUUCUUGUGUCCCGAAGGAAAUUUUAAUUUUUGUUCCCUGAUGUCUUGAUUGAAAAAAAACAAAAAACUAACCAACUGUUGAGAUGUCUGUUAUGAAUUAUUCAUUUUUGUUCUUUGAAAGAGAGGGGGGGGGGUCACCUGUCUGUCACGGAUUUGUCCAACUUCAAUCUGAACCGAGGGGGUCCGAUGUUUUUUUAUUUUCUGAGCAAAAUUAUUUGAAAAGAUGUGUGUGUAGUUUUUUAAUUUCAUUUUGUUCUUCAGCACAUUUAGUCUGUCUACUGUGUUUUCUAAAAACAGCAGCUUUAGCCAGAGAGAAGAAGUGUCCUGUUGCUCCAGCUCUGUAAAGUGUUCUGUCUAACCCACAUGGAAACGAGGAAGCUUGUAACGUCAGCAGAAAGGUUCAUCUUAACUCGUAGAGCGUAACAUACAAACUAACCUAAAUAUUGAUGCAGAAAUGACCUUUAGUCUCAUGUGACCAAUCAGUGAAGAGCAUUUUUUCCUGAAUGCUUUUGUUUGACACAGCGCUGCCUCUCGUGCUCAUACUGUCUCUGUAAAGACUGACGGCUGAAAAUCACUUCUGUUCACUGACGUUGAUCGAGAAACAGCGGCGACAGUGUUUGUAAAUUAUGACAUCAUGAUCAUCUAAAGUCUGCAGCCUUCAUCUACAGCCUGUGGAAAAUAAAAACACUGACACCCAGUGGUGAGAUCUUCAA